AUGAAAUCCCCUCGGAUUUUGUUCCUCCAAUCCCUAAUCCUCCUUCUCAGCUUCGCCGGAGCUCAGCUGCAGCCGGAAUCCACAAACGGUAGCCCUUACUACGUUGGCGCCAGGAUCAGCCCCGUGGCCAGGACCAUCAUCGCCGGGUUCAUCGCCGUGGCCUUACUCUUAUGGCUCUUCUCGAUCUGCAUCGAGAACUGCACCGACGCCGCAAUGCGCGUCCGCCACCGCACCGCCGCCCCCGCAAUGCGCCGCGGCCUCUCCGCGGCGGUGGUCGACGCAUUCCCGACGUUCACCUACACGGAGGUGAAGGAGCACAAGAUCGGCAAGAGCGUGCUCGAGUGCGCCGUCUGCCUCAGCGAAUUCGAGGACCACGAAACGCUGCGUUUGAUCCCCAAGUGCGACCACGUCUUCCACCCCGAGUGCAUCGACACCUGGCUCGAGUCGCACGUCACCUGCCCGGUCUGCCGGGCCAAUCUCACCCCGCAGACCGGCGACGAACCGGUUCAGCCGCUUGAACCGGCGCCCGCAGCUGUGGAGGGGACUAGCUCGAGAACCGGCGAAAUCGUGAUUCAAAUAGAAGGGGAUGAUGCGAACCCCAGCCCAGGCUUUGAUUUACCGCUCCGGUCCCUUAGGUUGCGGCCGGUCCAGACCGCGUCCGCGAGGGUGGUCGCUCUGGAUAAGUUUAGGUCGCACUCGACCGGGCACUUGUUGGUCAAACCGGUGGAAAAUCUCGACCGGUUCACAUUGAGGCUGCCAAACACGGUUAGGAAGGAGAUGAUGGACCGGACCAGUUCAAACCGGCCAGGGAGAUGCGUGGCUACUAUAUUGUCUAGGACGAGGAGCUUGCGGAGAGGUUUCCGAAGCGAGGAGUGGAGUGGCCAAUGGGGUUUUUUCUCGAAAGGUGAGAGGGUUGCCGACGAAGGUGAACAAAAGUGGGGAAGCAGUUGGUCGCUGCUGAGGAUACCUUCUUUCGUGUCGUUAGAGCCGAAGACAGACAUUGAAGCCGGUUUAUUGUCAGAAGAUGGAGGAGCUUAA